AUGGAGAACAAAUCAAACGUCAUCUAUAUAACACUUGAUGGGUAUGUGGAGUUGGAAAAAUACAGGUUUGUCUAUUUUCUGAUCAUUUUUACAGUCUAUGUUCUGAUACUCUGCUUUAACUCCAUCAUUGUUUCUCUCGUUGUGAUUCACCAAACGCUUCAUGAGCCAAUGUACAUUUUCAUUGCUGCUUUGUUACUGAACUCUCUUCUUUUUAGUACUGCAAUCUACCCAAAGCUUUUGAUUGAUUUUAUAUCAAAGAAACAGAUCAUAUCACACACAAUGUGCCAUUUUCAGUAUUUAAUAUUUUAUAGUUUAGGCGGUGCAGAAUUCUUACUGUUGGCAGCCAUGGCUUAUGACAGAUAUGCAUCCAUAUGCAAACCUCUGCAGUAUCCAACUAUAAUGACUAAAACUACUGUCUGGGUCUUCUUGGUUUUGGCUUGGCUUUUGCCGACUUGUCUGGUAAUUGGAUCAACUAUUCUAAGUGCUAAUCAGACAGUUUGUAACUUCAUCUUGAGAGGAAUCUUUUGCAACAAUUCACUUUACAAACUUCAUUGUGUGACCUCCAGAAUGCUGUCUGUGUAUGGUGUGAUUGUUUUGCUUUGUAUAGUAUUUUUGCCCAUGCUCUUUAUAAUUUUAACUUAUGCAAAGAUACUUCUAAUAUCUUAUCGUAGUGGGUCGACACUGAGAACAAAAGCUGCACAGACCUGCUUACCACAUCUGCUGGUUUUAGUCAAUUUUUCAUUGUUCUGUGCUUAUGAUAUUAUUAUACUUAGGCUGGAAUCUGAUAUUUCAAAAACAGUACGUUUAAUAAUGACUUUACAGUUAAUGUUGUAUCAUCCUCUAUUUAAUCCAAUCAUAUACGGAGUGAAAAUGAAAGAAAUUUCUAAACACUUACAGAGGUUGUUCUGUCAUGUAAAAUGA